CUGGUGGAGAGCCAGAAGACAAUUACAGAAAUCUGUGGACACAUUCACCAAGUCUGCCAAUAAAUGCAGAACCCCGGCACCUAAGUAUAAGGUGGGACAGAAGGUUUGGCUCUCCACCAGGGAUUUGCCACUAAGGGUUGAAUGCAAGAAGUUGGCUCCCCGUUUUGUUGGCCCUUUUCCUAUUUCCAAGGUGGUGAACCCGGUGGCGGUCAGGCUGUCCUUACCCAAGUCAAUGAGAGUUCACCCCACUUUCCACGUGUCCCGGGUCAAACCAUACCUGCAGUCUCGUUUCGAGCCCGCCUCAGGGCCCCCUCCUCCCGCCCGACUGAUAGAUGGCGGUCCGGCCUACACUGUUAGACGACUUCUUAAAUCUCGCCGAUGGGGACGAGGUCUCCAGUACCUCGUAGACUGGGAAGGUUAUGGUCCCGAAGAGAGAUCUUGGGUUCCUGCACGCCACAUUUUGGAUAAAUCACUCAUCAAGGACUUCCAUCAGAACCAUCCCAACCAGCCUAGUUUUUCCAGAGGUCCGUCAGGAGCCGGACCUUAGGGGGGGGGGUUCUGUCAUAGUUUCUGGAUCUAGUCUCGUUUUGUUUACAGUUUUAGCUCAUGUCAUGUUUUCAG